CGACGCGACGCGACGCCUCCCGCCGCUCGCCGCUCGCCGGCUACUUGUUGCGCGCCGCGACUCACAGCGGGUCUCGCCCGCCGCGCUUCCCCUCGCUCGUACUGUUCGCCGUACACACUACGCGAGUGCCACUCCAGGUACCCGACGACGACACCCGCUUCCUCCGACGUCACCAGCCGAGUCACAGGAGGCGGCCAUGACAGUUCCCCAGCCACGCUGUGAGUGGGCAUCACUGGACUGCUGAGGAUUAUGUGAGUUGCUGUUGGCUGCGCUGAGCUUCCUCCAGCUGGCGGCCGUUCCAGUUCUCGCCAUUGUGGCCUGUGGCAGAUACGCUGUGAAACUACGGGUCACUACGUAACAGACGGAGCCUGCGGGCGUCGCGAGAUGUCGACGCUCACCCGACGCUGCCCGCCGACGCCCGACACCGCCGCGCCUCCACUGGCGCAGGCCUGACGGAGGCGAUGAAUGCGACCGGCGUGGGCGCCGCGCCUCCGACCGCCGCCGCCGCCGACACGACAGCCGCCGCCGCCUCCGCCUCCGACGCCGCCGCCGACGGGUCGACGACGAUGAACCCCCGCGAGGUGGCGCGUGCCGAGUUCUACGGCACGUACGACCCGAUGACGGGCAUCCGCAUCGCGGGCACGCUGGGCGGCUUCUUCAGCCUGAUGGUGCUGCUGGUGGUGUACAAGAGCCGGUGCAAGGGCGGCAGCUCGCGCUGCAGCCUGGCGGGCGACCCGGCCGUGCAGCGCGCCUGGGCGGAGCGGCUGCAGCGCGAGGCCGACGCCGCCGAGGAGGCGGAGGACCGCAGCCGCCGCGAGCAGCUGGCCAAGCUGUACGCCGCCGCCGCCGCGGAGCGCCUCUCGCACCGCUCGUCGGGCAGCACGCGGCGUUCGUCGCGGGGCACGGGGACGCCGCGCCACCUGUCGAGCGCGGCCUCCUCGCGCCUCGGCCUGGGCCUCAACCCCGGGGAGGCGUCCGGCGGCAGCCGGCACUGCGGCCUGCAGAUGGCCGCGGCCCCGAUGGGGGCGGCGGGGGCGGACGCGGACGCGGAGGCGGAGGGCGCGCCCGCCGCGGCCGGCCUGCAGCUGCUGUCGGUGCCGGGCUGGUCGCGCCGCCUCAGCUCCGUCACGUGCUCCUCGUCCGACACGUCCUACCUGGAGCGGCGAGGCUCCGCCGUCGAGUGCGGGCUGCCCGCGCCGCCCCCGGGCGCCUUCCGCCGCCUGCGGCCGCCGCUGCUGCCGCGCUGCGACGACGUGCGCGACUGGGACUUCUACUACCCCAUCGACAUACAGGUGAUCCAGCCGACGCCGGACGCGUCGCCGUGCGGCAGCGAGCGCACGCUGUACGCGGCGGUGCUGCCGCACGCGCAGCUGCUGCCCGGCGCCGCCAGCGCGCGGCCGUCGCUGAGCAGGCCCGCCUCCCCCGCCGCCUCCGCGUCGCUGUCGCCGCCGGCGCCGCCCCCCAGGCUCGCGCCGCUCGCCUCCAUCAGCUCCUGUGCAGCUUCGCUGCGCACCGACGACUGCGCCUCCGUCGGCUCCGACUCUGUCUUCCUCGACGACGAUGACGUGCUGGACACCGAGGACGAGGUGGAAGGGUUCUCAACAGACAGCGAUGAAGGUGAUGGUAGCAACCGUGUACGUCACUUCCUGCAAGUGCCACCUACUGUGCGGACGUUCACCCCUACGAAACGCUGGAGUGACGGAGCUGCUUCUUACUACCGGCCACGGAGGUUGCUGCCGCGCCAGGCAGCUAUAACCUCACAGCUGUCAGUAUCGACGGAAGACACAGCAGCAGCUGCAGAAGUGGAGCGACUUGCUCGGCGACCGCCCUGUCCAUUGCCACCGGAUGCCCGUCAUUCCUCAAGCAGCUCUAGUGGGAGCCCCACACUCAAAGAGACACGCUUCUAAACAUCCACUGUAAACUUUGUGGUUAACAAAUGCCCAUGAUAGCGGUGAAGACAGCAACAUGUUCCUCACUGAGUAAAAUUAGAGAGCCACUAUGCAGGACCUGUCAGAUUUUUGAAAACAUUCAGCUGCAACAGGCUAAAGUGUGUGCUUCAAAAGGACUAAGACUGGUAAUGAAUGUAAAUGAAGGGAGCCCAUGUGGAACCAAUUUAAACUCUGCCGUAUCUCAGGAGCCCACAUACAACAAGAAUGAACAGACAGACAUAGAUGUAUUAAUAUUAGCUGGGUAAAACCAAUCAGUUAAUUCUGUACUGGCAACAGCACAUUACAAAUAAAACUGUUGAGCAUGGUACUCAGUAGUUUCUCCAAACAUAUGAGUUUUUUUCUCAUCAAUAGUAUGGAAUUCAAUAAAGUUAUGGAGCUACUAAAAGGUGUCCACAAAUCAGAGUAGUAAAAGAAUACUGCUGUCCAGUUUCUGUACGUGACUGAUGUAGUGAACAUAUGUUAGGCCUUUCAGUCUUUGUUUAGUGCCCUAGGAGUUAAAUAAAUAUGGAAACCUGUUAGAACGACCUGUGUAACAUACCAAAUUAGCAUGGUACAAUCUCAUUGGUGACUUAUGUCAAAUUGAGGUGGAAAUGGAAGACGUGCAAUGAUUUUUAAAGAACUAAAUAACUGCAGUGAGAUAGCAAUUGUUAAUGUCCAAAAGACCCUAAUACUCAGGUGAGACCAGUACGAGUUUUGUGUAUUACAGCCAGUUGAUAGGAUGUUGACACACUCUUAGUAUUGUCAGAUGCCUAAUGGUAAUCAUGUAUGGAAACCAGAAAAUGUUGGUAUACCUCCUUUGAAACAUCAGGACUUCAGGACUCCUGCAUGUGGUAACUCUGUACGGGGGCUAAAUGCUGUAUUGUGUCUGAUUAUCCACAUCAGUGCAUAUACGCUAUGAUGGUUGUCAGACACUUGUUUUCUAACAUUAUGAAUUUCUCUGGGCAAUUGUAGUUCCAUACAUCUCCCAUUUCUUAACUUUUCAAAUACGUGACAUAGAUAGACCUAAGGAAAAUUGCAGUCUGUGUAUAGAGAGUAUGCACAUUUUUCUAUGCUUUUAUGUGUAAGUUAGUGUGUGAGUGCCACAGGUAUCCUAUACAAUGCUUAACCAUUACAGUGUAUAUGGAUAUUCACACUGUGCCUUGUCUUGUAUGUGCUUUUCAGAAUCAACAAGCUCAUGGGAGAACAGUGCAGCUAACGAAAACAGUCACUUUAUGUGAAAGUACGCUAUUACCAUUACUGUUUCAAAGUUUCCCUAUCAUGAACCUGUAUUCAUUUCUCAUUUUGCCAAUGCUGGUUGCUGGUAAAUGUGUACAUGUACUACAAACUUUCAUAUGUUUGAGGAAAUCCUAGGUUACACAAAGUCAUAAAUUUCAGUUCAUGGUGAUGAAAUCUUGAUGAAUAUUAUUUAAAGAAAGAAUCAAGCUACACACACAGAUACAUGUCUUAUGCAACUUACUCUUCUUCAGGUCAUAUAGUAAUCUUGUACAUUACAUUACUGAUAAAAAGUAACAAGCGGCCUCACAAACUACAUAUUCACUCUAAGCAUCCUUCAUUAAGGAGACAUCAUAAUUUCUAUCAGUAGUUACAACAGUCAGAAUAUUGUUUGCAACUGUUAUGUCAGAUGUAAUUCUAGAUGGUUCUUCAGCCUCUGACAUAUUGUGACUCAGAAUCAAUGGCAGGGGAGAAUAUCUUCACAAUUGUAGACAAGUUCUUCUGCAGAAUUUCUGUAAAUUUAUUUUUACAUUACAAAGGUAACAAAUGAAAUAUUUGUUGGAAAUUACAGGAGAUGCUAUGAGGUGAUAAUUGAAUUAAUCACUACAUAUGUGGUUCUUAGUAUGAGUAGCUGAAGUUCACUAGGAUCCAGCCAGUACUACCAAAUAUAAAUCUCAUUUAUACAAGAGUUGUUUGCACAGUCAGUGCUAUUUCUGUAUGACCCAGACAAACCGAAUUAUAUGAGCUUCAGUUGUAGUGGCCUUCCAGAUAAUUACCAUAAAAGAUAUGGUGCUCCUGGUAAUUCAAGUAUAACAAAUGUAUGUGGUGGCAAUGUGCCAGAUAAAUAUUUCUGUGCUGAUGUCAUACAGGACAAGUACACGGAACAAAUUAUUUUUCCUGUGUGUGUGUGUGUGUGUGUGUGUGUGUGUGUGUGUGUGUGCGAGCACGCAAGUAGCACAAUUAUAAGUGCUGGUUCUCUCUAUAUUAUAAUUUUUGUUUUCUCACCAAUGUACAAUCAGAUAAAUAUGGACCCUAUGGAAAACCAGACCAGCAAUUAAAAUCUUCCAACAGUAGUGAAAAAUGGUGAUGAAAGAGAAAGAUAAAGGUUAAAUAACAAUGCAAAAUGUAGCAAUCAGAAUAUUUUUCUGGCAUAUUUUUUUUCCUUGUUACUAUGUUGCAUGUGUCACAAGUUACAUGAAUGUCUGAGAAAGUAAUUCCAGUUCACGUCAUUAAUCUGACUUGAUAAAACAUGUUGCAGGUAAUGAGUAAUAACAAAAAGAAAGAGACCAAAAAUAUUUUAAGACAGAAUAAAAGGUAGCAGAGUCUCUAUCCCAGUUACUGCAGUGUCUGGUGCUCACCAUAAAGUCAUUUGUAUACCAAACAUUAUUUUAGAACUACAUAAUAUUUGUCAUAGUAUCCAGUCUGUUUGCAUUUAACAUGUGGGUGCUGAAUUUCAGGAUGAGAGAUCAAUAUGUAUGGUGGUCUAGAACAACAUACACAAUCUCAUGAUACCAGCUGAUGAGCAACCUGUGUAAAUAAACAGCAUGUCGAACAUGUAGCAAAUUCUCUUUGAAUUAAAAGACUUGCAUCAAGUCUUUACAUGUUCCCUUUACAUUGAAAUUGUCCAUCAACCACAAGUAUACAUUCUUCCUACCCAAACAUCAGUAUGCCACAUGAAAAUAAAGUAAUUCGCUUAGGUGAUUCGUGUAUUAUGUGUGACAUGUAUGGCAAUGCAGUAACAGAUAUAUUAAGGCAUGAAUGCUACUGACCACACAAAUGUGAUCAACUUCAUGGUGCUGUCAUUUCUCUCAACCCAAUGGAAGACUUUUUGCCAUGAGCUUAUUUCAGCAAUAGUGGAACAGACCAACAGAGAAUUCAAAUUUCACAGUCUGCAACAUUUCUUGAAUCUCUUCCACACCUACACAGAAUGGUAAAGAAGUACAUGCACUGUACAGAUGUUGUAUUUAUUGUUGCAGACAAAGUUGCCAGUAUGUUGAAAUUUCGAAUGAACAG